AUGCACUCGGACGCCAAGCCUGCCAGGAACGGCAGCAGUGCUGCCGUAUGGCAGCAAACUCGAGUUCUGCUGCACAAAAACCUACUCAUCAAAUGGAGGACCAAACAGCAGAGCUUACAGGAAUUGAUCCUGCCGCUGCUGCUGCUGGCUCUGCUGGUCCUCAUCAGCACUCAUAAUCCGCACGUGUCGUAUGCCGGCGAGGCCACGGUGGAGCGCGAAAAGGACGAAGUGACGGUUCUCAGAGGGCUCGGCUAUGCGCCCGCUACCAACGUCACCAACCGUAUCAUGGAGGAGGUCGCCCAGGAGAUGCACCUCCAAGACGGUUUGGAGGUGUUCGGCAGCGAGGAGGAGCUGGAGAACGCCAGCCUGUACCAGCCGUCCAGCUUCGUUGGCGUGGUGUUCGCCGACGCUUCGGCUACGUCUUACAGUCUGCGCUUCCCUUACGACCGGCUGCCGCAUCCAAGCGACUUUAUCGAGUCCGGCGUCACCUGCCCGGGAGGGUUUUUCAACUGCCGAGCUGCAAACUAUUGGUACUCUGGAUUCGUCCGCCUACAGUUGCUGAUAGACGCCGCCAUCAUCCAGAUGCAGACCAAGCGCUCGGUGCGGAACGAGCUCGACGUGACGGUGGUGAUGAUGGGCCGUCCGGCCUUGGUGGAGGUGGAGAAAUUCCCCCAUGCGCUCAUUUCCAUCUAUCUGGUGCUGGCCUUCACGCCCUUCGUCACCUUCCUCAUCGUCAAUGUGGCGGCCGAGAAGGAGCGGCGCAUCAAAGACACCAUGACCAUGAUGGGUCUCUACGACUCAGCCUUCUGGAUGUCAUGGGGCCUCCUUUACGCCGUCCUCGUGACGGCCAUGUCCGUCCUGAUGUCCGUCAUCGCCACAUCUACGUCCCUCUUCCCCCACAGCAACUUGGCCGUGGUCUUUUUCCUCAUCUUCCUCUACGGGAUCUCCUCGAUCUCCUUCUCCUUCAUGCUGACGCCAUUGUUCAGUAAGCCCAAGUUGGCCAGCACAGUGGGCUCCAUGUUGACGGUGGUCUUCGGAUGCCUGUCGCUUUUCACCGUCCUCAUGAAGGAUUUCCCGCAGGCGCUAGUCGGGAUCUUCUGCUUGCUCUCCCCCGCUGCGUUCUCCAUUGGCGUCGCGCAGGUGGUGUACCUGGAGGCUCAAGGAGAUGGCGCAAACUUCUGGUCCUUGACGAGCGGGCCUCAUCCGCUCUACGUGCCCCUGCUUAUGCUGCUUUUCGACUGUGUUCUCUACCUGCUGUUGGCCGUCUACUUAGACCAGGUUCUGCCAGGCCGGUUCGGGAUGAGGAGGUCCUUGUUAUACUUCCUGAAGUCGUCCUAUUGGUCCAAAGGCAGCGAGCGCUACGUGGAAGUGAGCUCGGCCUCGGAUGCCGAGGCCAACGGCGCUCCCGCCGGGGGUGACUCGGCGGAGCCCAUUUCGCCAGAGUUUCGCGGAAGAGAAGCCAUCCGCAUCGGCAACGUGAGGAAGGUUUACGUCGACAAAGACGAGACGGUAGAGGCGCUGGGCGGCCUGAGCUUGGACAUCUACGAGGGGCAGAUCACGGCUUUGCUGGGCCACAGCGGCGCCGGGAAGUCCACUCUGAUUAAUAUCCUGUGCGGCAUCUGCCCGGCCAGCGCUGGCGGCGCCUCCAUUUACGGCCGGCCGGUGACGCCCGACGGGCCCGACCUAAAGCGGCUUGUGGGCAUCUGCCCACAGUUCAACAUAGUCUUCGACGUCCUCAGCGUGGAGGAGCACCUGUGGAUCUUCGCCGCCAUCAAAGGCAUUCCGCCGGCCCGUGCCGACACCGAGGUGUCUAAAGUGCUAACAGAUCUGGAUUUGGAGAAGAUCAAGACUGCUCAGGCCAAGAAUCUCAGCGGAGGGCAGAAGCGUAAGCUCGCAGUCGCCAUCGCCUUCCUGGGAGACCCUAAGAUCUUGCUACUGGACGAGCCAACGGCCGGCAUGGACCCGUCCUCGCGCCACCAGGUAUGGUCCCUCCUGAAGAGUCGGCGGGCGGGCCGAGCUCUGGUCCUCAGCACGCACUACAUGGACGAGGCUGACAUCCUAGCUGAUCGCAAAGCUGUCAUCUCUCAAGGCCGCCUAAAAUGCGUGGGCUCGUCCUUGUUCCUGAAGACCAAGUGCGGCGUGGGCUAUCACCUCAGGAUGUCUGUGGGCCCCCGCUGUGAUGCCGGUCAUAUUUCCGCACUGGUCCAGCGGCACGUUCCCCGAGCCCGGAUGACUCGGCGGCAGGAGGCAGAGCUCACCUUCACGCUGCCUUUUGACAGCAGGGAAACUUUUGCAGCUUUGUUCUCGGAGCUGGACUCUCGAUCCGACGCCGGCGUGGUUAACUAUGGCGUUUCCAUGACCACGCUGGAGGACGUCUUUUUGCGCCUGGAGGCCGAGGCGGAAGUAGACCAAGCAGACUUCAGUGUCUUUAAUCAGGAGGCGACGGACGACGAGGGCGAGGGAGUAGGAGACGAUGCGGAGCGGCAGCUCCUGACUUUUUCCGGCAAGUCGGACGUGGUGCAAGGCGGAGCGCUUUGGCGCCAGCAGUUCAGUUCGGUGGCGCGGCUCCACGCACUCAACUUGUGGCGAGAGAGGAAGGCCUUCAUCUACAUUCUGGCUUUGUUGCUGGUGUUUGUGGCCUCCAUGCUGGUCCUGUCCCUGCUCACCGGCAACAUUCAGAUCGCCUCACCGGGUCGGCAGUUCCUGCCAAUCUACCUCCUGCGCAGAAACCAGCCCCCCGCCAAGUACGCCAGCAAGCUCCUAGUCAGCAACUCCACAGGUUCAGACAUUUCCGACUUCAUACGAAACCUUGAAGCGCAGGACAUCACCAUUGAAAUGAUGAAGAAGAGCGACUACGUGGCGGCAGCGCCACACAGCGCCGCCAUCAAUGUGACGGGAUCCAGCAAGGGUUUCCGCUACAGCGUGGCCUUCAACAGCACCACAGUACACUCCUUACCCAUGAUCGUCAAUAUCCUCAGCAACGCCCUGCUCAGAAGUCUCAACGGCACCAGACGCAUCCGAACGUGGAGCAAACCUUUCGAAUACCGAAUCCCCGAUGCCACGUCCUACGCGCUGGUCAUCAUCGAGGCCGUCUUGCUUGGAAUGCUGGCGGCCGGCAUGCCCGCCUACUUCGCCAUGGAACACACCAGAGACCGAGAGCUGAAGUGUCGCUCCAUGCUGCGGGUGUCCGGAUUGCUGCCGUCGGCGUACUGGUGUGGGCGGGCGGCCGUGGAUGUCCCCUUCUUCUUCCUGCUCCUGUCCUGCAUGAACUUGGUGGUCUUCUGCUUCCACACAGACGACCUGCUGACCUUACAAAACUUUGGCGCCGUGGUGAUGUGCACCAUGGGCUUCGCUCCAGCCGUCGUUCUCUUCACCUACGUCUGCUCUUUUGGCUUCAAUCGAGUCCAAAGCAACAAGGACUUCUUUUCCGUCAUUUGCAUGAUGGUAAGCGUGGUAUCUGCGGUGGUGGUUCACCUUCCUUUGGGCAGCAACAACCAGGAGGUGAUCAAUGCGUUUCACCAGGCCCUGUGUGUCCUCAAUCCGCUCUACCCGCUCAUGGGGUGCCUCAACUACAUCACCAAGACCGUCUUCUUGUCCUCCAACUACGAUCAGAUCGUCGUGUGGAAGAACGUGAUCGUCUCGUUUUUGGCGCCUUACCUGCAGUGCGUCGUGCUGAUCUUGGCGUUGCGCUGGCUGGAAGUUCGUCACGGCGGCAGGAACGUCAGGAACGAUAGCUUGUGCAGGAUUCGCUUCACUAGCCGGGCCGACACGAGGCCCGACCCCGACGAAUGUCCGGAUGAGGACGAGGACGUACGGCUGGAGAAGGCUCGGGUCAAGGAGGCGCUCGGCCGUCUGUCGUGCGACGAGAGGCCGCUGCUGCUUGCCAGUAACCUGAGGAAAAAAUACAAAAAUGGCAAAGAAGGUUUUGCCCUCAACAAGCGUGGAAAAGUGGCCACCAGGAGUGUCUCCUUCUGCCUUCGCAAAGGCGAGGUUCUGGGAAUUUUGGGCCCCAACGGAUCGGGCAAGAGCACCGUCAUGCACAUGCUGUCGGGUGAUACGGAGCCCACGUCAGGACAGGUGCUGAUGGGAGAUCCGGGCAGGCCGGGGUCAGAGCACUUGGGCUACUGCCCUCAGGUCAACCCUCUGUGGCCUCGGAUCACGCUGCACGAGCACCUGGAGAUCUACGCCGCCGUCAAGGGACUGAAGGGAGGUGACGCCCCGGAUGUUAUCAAGCGUGUGGUGAACGCGCUGGAGCUGAAGGAGCACGCGCACAAGCAAGCCAAGUGUUUAUCUUCCGGACUCAAGAGAAAACUGUGCUUCGCACUGAGCAUGAUCGGGAACCCUAAGACCAUCUUAUUGGACGAGCCCACGUUGGGGAUGGACCCCAAAUCCAAGCAGCGCGUGUGGAGGGCCAUCCGCGCCGCCAUGACGGAGCGCCAGCGCGGCACCGUGCUGACCACGCACUACAUGGAGGAGGCGGAGGCCGUGUGCGACCGUGUGGCCGUCCUGGUGUCGGGCCGGUUGAGGUGCCUGGGCUCCAUCCAGCACUUGAAGGCUAAGUAUGGCCGCGACUACAGCCUGGAGCUAAAACUCAGUUGGGAUCAGACGAGCCCCCAGCAGAGGGCGCUGCUGCACCAAGAGAUUCUCCAUAUCUUCCCUCACGCCUCCAAACAGGAGAGCUUUGCGACACUGAUGGUGUACAAAAUUCCCACGGAGGACGUGAACUCGCUGGCGCACGCCUUCUCGCAGCUGGAGCGCGUGAAGCAAACGUUCAAGUUUGAGGAGUACAACUUUUCGCAGUCCACGUUGGAACAGGUCUUCCUAGAGCUUGCCAAGGAGCAGGACAGCGAAGAGGACGAACCGCGCUCGCUCAGCACAACCUUCCAGUGGCGCCGUCUGCCCGACGAAACGGCCAACGGCGACAACUGCGACGACGGCGUCGUGCUGCAACUGUGA